GAGGGGGUGCGCGCGCUGCGCUCCGGUCGGCGACAUGGCGGUCCUCGGCGUGCAGCUGGUGGUGACCUUGUUCACGGCCACACUCAUGCACCGGCUGGCCCCGCACUGCUCCUUUGCAAGGUGGCUGCUCUGCAGUGGCAGUCUGUUCCGGUACAAGCACCCGUCCGAGGAGGAGCUCCGGGCCCUGGCGGGGAGGCAGAGGCCCAGGGGCCGGAGGGAGCGGUGGGCCAACGGCCUAGGUGAUGAGAAGCCGCUCUCGGUGCCCCGCGACGCCCCGUUCCAGCUGGAGACCUGCCCGCUCACCGCCGUGGACGCCCUGGUCCUGCGCUUCUUCCUGGAGUACCAGUGGUUCGUGGACUUCGCCGUGUACUCGGGCGGCGUGUACGUCUUCACGGAGCUCUACUACUACGUGCUGGGCCCGGCCAAGGAGGCCAACAUCGCCCUCUUCUGGUGCCUGCUCACCGUGGCCUUCUCCAUCAAGAUGUUCCUGACGGUGACCCGGCUGUACUUCGGCGCCGAGGAGGGCGGCGAGCGCUCGGUCUGCCUCGCCUUCGCCUUCCUGUUCCUCAUGCUGGCCAUGCUGGUGCAGGUGGUGCGGGAGGAGACCUUGGAGCUGGGCCUGGAGCCAGGCCUGGCCAGCAUGACCCAGAGCUUGGAGCCACUUCUGCAGGACCAAGGCUGGGACUGGGCACUCCCCGUGGCCAAGCUGGCCAUCCGCGUGGGGCUGGCGGCCGCGGGUUCCGUGCUGGGCGCCUUCCUCACCUUCCCCGGGCUGCGGCUGGCUCAGACCCACAGGGACGCGCUCACCAUGUCGGAGGACCGGCCUCUGCUGCAGUUGCUGCUGCACACCAGCUUCCUGUCUCCCGUGAUCAUCUUGUGGCUCUGGACCCGGCCCAUCGCGCGGGACUUCCUGCAGCAGGCGCCCCUCGGCGGGGCGUCCGUCUCCCUGCUGUCGGACGCGGCCUUCGACUCGGCGCGCCUGUGGGUGCUGGUGGCGCUGUGCCUGCUGCGCCUGGCCGUCACGCGGCCCCACCUGCAGGCCUACUUGUGCCUGGCCAAAGCCCGCGUGGAGCAGCUGCGCAAGGAGGCCGGCCGCAUCGAGGCCCGCGAGAUCCAGCGGCGGCAGGUGGUCCGCGUGUACUGCUACGUGACGGUGGUGAGCCUGCAGUACCUGACGCCGCUCAUCCUCACGCUCUACUGCACACUGCUGCUCAAGUCCUUAGGUGGUUACUCCUGGGGCCUGGGCCCGGCCCCUCAGCUGUCCCCGGCCCCGCCCGCCCUCAGCGCCCAGCCACUGGGCCUGGGGGAAGACGAGGCCCGAGAGACGGCGGCGCGCAUCGCGGGUGCCCUGGGCGGGCUGCUCUCGCCGCUCUUCCUCCGCGGGCUCCUGGCCUACCUCAUCUGGUGGACGGCGGCCUGCCAGCUGCUGUCCAGCCUCUUCGGCCUCUACUUCCACCAGCACCUGGCCGGCUCCUAGCUGCCUGCAGCCCCGCAGCCCGGCCCUGGGCCCUCGCGCGCCUCGGGGUCUGCCCCCGGCUGCAACACGGGGCUGGGGCCUGCGCCGUUCACCGCAGUGCCUGAGCCGCGGCCACACCCGGCCUCCGCCCGGAAACGCACGGCCCUGGGCCCCGGUGCGGGGGGCCGAGUGGGGCCCACGUGGGCUUCGGGGGGCUGAGAUGGUAGGAGGAGGGAUGGGGGCUGGGACAGCGGCACCCCGACUGCAGUGGCUCGAGUCCCCGCUGCUCCACUCCCCACCCUGCACCUGAGAGGCAGCAGGAGGGGCCCAGUGCCCCGUGGGGGACCGGAGGGCGGGCCUGGCCCAGCCCUGGCUGUUGGGGGCAUCUGGGGAGCGACUCCAUGGAUGAAGGAUCUGUUACUUUGCUUUUGGAAUAAAUAAACCUGUAAGUGUCAGACCUGCA